AUGUCACAACUUCCGUCGAUCCGUUGGGGUAUCUUGACCACGGGAAAAAUCGCUUCCUGGUAUGUGUACGAUCUGGUCCUCUCUCGCCCAGAUGCGAAAGUUCGCCAUAUAGUGCAAGCCAUCGGAACGUCAGAUGUGAAAAGGGGGAAAUCUUUCGCCCAAAAGUACUGCCCAGAAGAGAACCCCAGCAUAUAUGGUAGCUACGAGGAAGUCUACCAGGAUCCGAAUGUCGACAUCCAGGAAAAAAAUGUACUCUGCGAGAAGCCUUUCACUCUCAAUGCCCAUGAGGCAAAGGAAGUUUUCGAAGCAGCCAAGCAGAAGGGAGUCUUCAUCGCCGAAGCAAUGUGGCUCCGCCAUCGACCGCUAGUCCUCGAGCUCCAGCGUCUCCUUCAUCAAGAGAAGGCAAUUGGCGAGGUUUUCCGAGCAACAUCCGACUUUGGAUCCGAGCUCGACAUUCCAAAUUUGCCCUUGGACAAGUAUUAUCGCCAGAACGCGCUGGGAGCGGGCUCUUUACUCGAUAUGGGCAUCUACUCAUUGACAUGGGUGAUGCUAGGUCUUGACGACCCCGGGCUUGUAGCGAAUCGGGAGAAGCCGAAGAUUCUCGCCUCACAGGAUCACUGGGAAGACAUCGAGACAGCCACCAGUGCCAUUCUGCAAUACCCUGGAAGACAAGGAAUUUUCACUUCCACAACCAAGGCGAGCGGAAACCCUGACCUGCUCGCUCGCAUUUAUGGUACUACUGGGUCUAUUGAGGUCCAUGGUGGCUGCCCCUCACUGCCAGAAGGUUUCACUGUCUAUCCGCCAUUUGAAGGAGAGCCUGGUGGGAAAGAGGCGGAUAGUAAGAUCACUCGGGGCCGAGAAAGGUUGUAUGACUUCAAAGCUCCGGGGCGCGGCUUUCAGUACCAGGCUGAUAAUAUCGCUUUGGAUGUGCUGAAUGGAAAAUUGGAGAGCUCUAUAAUCCCCCAAGCUGAGACCAUUCGAGUGAUGGAGAUCAUGGACGAAAUUCGGCGACAGGGAGGUACACGAUACCCAGUGGAUUAG